AUGGCUCAAAGUCCAAUCUCCAUCGGGAAGCGCUUCCAGGAGUUGUCUACAACAGCGCCCCUCGCCGUUGACUUGCCAAACCCGCAACCAUACUACAGCUACAACCAAACCACCCAGGCAUGGAACCCGGUCCAAACAGACACCACCGCGGAACCUACAAUCACAACAAGCACCAGCACAGCUCCCCUCAAAGCUCUCACCAUAACAACCUGGAAUAUCGACUUUCAGGAGCCCUGCAAGGCAGAGCGGACUCAAGCUGGCCUAAACUAUCUUGCAAAGAUUGUACUCAAGUCCAGAGACGAUAACAAUAAAGAUGUAGCACCAAUAAAUAUAAUCUUCCUGCAAGAGAUGGUUCUCAGAGACCUAACCAUCAUCCAACAGACCAAAUGGGUCCAGGAUCACUUCUUCAUCACUGAUCUCAGCAUUACACACUGGAGAGGCUCCUACGGAACAACAACACUGAUCGACAAGCGGUGUCAUGUGCAGCGGGUGUUUAGGGUCCCGUAUGCCACGUCCAGGAUGCAGAGAGAUGGGCUUUUUGUGGACUUGCAUUGCUUCCAGGGUCAAGAGGAAGGGGGUGGUGAUGAGAUUGGAACCCUCCGUCUCUGCAACACCCACCUCGAAAGUCUCCUCUCCAACCCCCCAAUCAGACCCAACCAAAUUCAUCUCGCCUCGCAAUUCAUGCAUGGCUCUGGACCAGGAGAGACAAACUUACCCACUCCACACGCGGCAAUAUUAGCAGGUGACCUUAACGCCUUUGCACCUGAGGAUCUCGCCGCACCGAAUGAGAGUGGGCUCCGUGAUGCGUUUCUGGUUCUUGGCGGGGAGGAUGGCACGGAGGAAAGCUUCACAUGGGGUCAGCAGAUUCCCGAUUGGCUGAGGGACAAGUAUGGAUGUUCUCGUAUGGACAAGGUUUUGUUUUGCGGUGGGUUGGAGGUGGAGGGGCUGGAGCGGAUUGGAGCCGGGGAGACGGUUUGGAUCGAGUAUCCCGAAGUGAGUGAUGGGGAGAGUGACGAUGAAAAAGGGCAGGAAAUGUGGAUUACGGAUCAUUUGGGAUUAUCCGCUAAGUUUAGAAUUACGUGCUUCGGGAGGAAGGAGACUGCAUGCUGA